GAUUUCUAGGGCAUUCUUGCACUCUUCACGCCCUCCAUCUUUUUGCACACACAACAGAACAUCACACUCACACUGAUCUCAUCUCAGGUUUCUCUCCUUGUCUUUCUAGGGUUAGGGUUUUGAGUUAUUUUCUGUUUGAAAGAAAGUAAAAGAAGAGAGAAAGAACAAUGGGUUUCUCUAUGCAACCAUACGGAAUACAAUCAAUGCUAAAGGAAGGACACAAGCAUUUAUCAGGUCUCGAUGAAGCUGUUCUCAAAAACAUUGAUGCUUGUAAACAGUUGUCUACCAUUACUCGCACUUCUCUCGGCCCUAAUGGUAUGAAUAAGAUGGUUAUUAACCAUUUGGACAAACUCUUUGUCACCAAUGAUGCUGCCACUAUUGUAAAUGAGCUUGAGGUUCAGCAUCCAGCUGCCAAAAUUUUGGUCUUAGCUGGCAAGGCCCAACAAGAGGAAAUUGGGGAUGGAGCUAACCUGACCAUCUCUUUUGCUGGAGAGAUACUUCAAAACGCAGAUGAGCUUAUUAGGAUGGGCCUUCACCCUAGUGAGAUCAUCAGUGGUUACAAUAAAUCAAUUGACAAGGCAAUUGAAAUCUUAGGCGAACUGGUGGAGCCAGGUUCUGAAAACAUGGAUGUGAGGAACAAGGAGCAAGUUAUUUUUCGUAUGAAAGCUGCUGUUGCUAGCAAGCAAUUCGGACAAGAAGACGUUCUAUGUAAUCUCAUUUCUGAAGCAUGCAUUCAAGUGUGUCCCAAGAACCCAGCAAACUUCAAUGUGGAUAAUGUGCGGGUUGCAAAGCUCGUGGGAGGAGGUUUGAACAAUUCUUCAACAGUCCGCGGAAUGGUUUUGAAAGGUGAUACUGUGGGAACCAUAAAGAGAGUGGAGAAGGCAAAGGUUGCUGUUUUUGUUGGUGGUGUUGAUACCUCGGCAACUGAAACCAAGGGAACUGUCCUAAUUCACUCUGCUGAGCAGCUAGAAAAUUAUGCAAAAACUGAAGAAGCCAAGGUUGAGGAGCUCAUUAAAGCAGUGGCAAAUUCUGGUGCCAAAGUAAUUGUUAGCGGAGCAGCUGUUGGAGAAAUGGCAUUGCAUUUCUGCGAACGUUACAAACUCAUGGUUCUGAAGAUCAGCUCAAAGUUUGAACUGAGAAGAUUUUGCCGCACCACUGGUGCUGUUGCUAUUUUGAAGCUGAGUCCACCAAACCCAGAUGACUUGGGAUAUGUAGAUUCAAUUUCUGUUGAGGAAAUUGGUGGAGCUAGAGUCACUGUUGUGAGAAAUGAAGAAGGUGGCAACUCUGUAUGCACUGUGGUGUUACGAGGAAGUACAGAUAGUAUACUAGAUGACCUUGAAAGAGCUGUUGAUGAUGGAGUCAAUACUUACAAGGCAAUGUGUAGGGACAGUCGAAUAGUACCUGGAGGGGCAGCUACUGAAAUUGAGUUAGCCAAAAGACUCAAGGAAUUCUCAUUUAAAGAAACAGGAUUGGAUCAAUAUGCGAUUGCAAAGUUUGCUGAAAGUUUUGAGAUGAUACCUAAAACAUUGGCUGAGAAUGCUGGUCUCAAUGCAAUGGAGAUCAUAUCCUCCCUCUAUGCUGAUCAUGCUUCUGGAAAUAUCAAAGUGGGCAUUGACUUAGAGGAAGGUGUUUGUAAGGAUGUAUCAACCCUGAAAAUCUGGGACCUCUACGUUACAAAGUUUUUUGCUCUCAAAUAUGCUGCAGAUGCUGCCUGCACUGUAUUGCGAGUGGACCAGAUUAUAAUGGCGAAACCAGCUGGAGGUCCAAGGAGAGAUGCAGCACCUGGAGGGAUGGAUGAAGAUUAGUUUUGCACAUGGCUAUUUCCCCUUUGUCUUGAUUGUAUCUUGUUGCAGGAUCUUUAACUUGCUUUGGUAUCCUUUAUUUUCCUUCGAAUGCCAAAAUUUUAUUCUAAAAACAAUUUUGUUAGAGUCAAAGAGAAGUUAUGUAUAUGCCACUUCAAAUCUAGCUGAUGUGAUGGUUGGUUUCGAUGAUGGUCUGGAAAUUGUUCCCUGUAGUUUUUACUGAGAGGUGUUUGCAUUCCUUGCUUUGAGCCUCAUCUGCAGUGAAUGAAUUUGGUUUCUUUAGUGUUCC